AUGCAUGGAUUUGCUAUAUCGAGUGAUCGACUGUGUCUAGACAGCUGGAUGCGUGGAGUGCCAUGUGUCGCAUACGUGUAUCAGGGUGGAACACAACACCACCGACCCCUCCACGACCAACACCACCACCACCCCCAACGCCGCCGCCGUCCCGACCUCUCCACCUUCUUCUCAGCCCUGUCCGAGAUCUCCCCCGACGAAACCCACUCCCGGACCCGUCCCCAUGCCGUCCCUAUUCCCCGAGACGUCAGCGCCGCGUUCUAUUCCCUAGCCGAGGCAUUGGAUCUGAUGCGCAGAGAGGGUGCGGGUGCGGGUGCGGCUCCCGCGGAAGGACAUGGACUUGAGAAUGAGAACGAGGAUCUGCUCACGCAAAUGAUCUCGCAGCUGUUGUCUUCAGCGGAGAUGCCCCCUAGGGAGGUCGAGGGGGUGAGUGAGGAGUUUUGUGAUGUCCUCGAUCGUGUCCCCCGUUCGGCAUUGAAGCCCGACCAGGUCUGCCCGAUAUGCAAUAACCCUUUCUUGGAGGAUCAGUAUCCGCUUGUGGUGCAGUUGCCGUGUCAUCCGACGCAUUUGUUUGAUUUGGAGUGCGUGAGGCCGUGGUUGAGGUUGCGGGGUACGUGUCCCCUUGAUCGGACGGAUUUUGCCAAGCAGGAGAGGGAGAAGGCUGAGGCGAGGAGGAAGAAGCCGGUUGAGGAUGAGGAGGAGGAGUGGGAUGGGAUGUAUGGUUAG